AUGGAUCCAGCCGACCUGGAAAGAUUACGCGCAAAUCGAGAGGUUAUGUUCGCAAAAGUGAAGUGGGAGUUGUCCGUCGCGAAAGCACUCCACACCCGGAAUCCGUCGUGCGGCGAAGUGCAUGAGCGUCGGGAAAAGCUCACGGUGGUUGCGGCAAAUUUCGAAGCAGUGCAAACAGUGAUCGAGGAGAACACAAGCAACCUGAUGGAUGUUACGUCGGUUUUCAACUACCGCACCCAAUUUGAAGAGGUUUAUUUCAUUGUGAAAGACCUGUAUACGGAGUACCUGGACGCAAAUCAGGACCAUGUUUCUUGGCAUAGUAGUGCGGGCAGCGAGACGUCCAAUGAUUUGCGGGAUGCGAUAAAGGCGCUUUUGGAAACGCAGCAGGCAAUGCUCGAUCGCCGGCAUGUAGCGGGUGGUCAGGUGCCGAAUCAUGAACCCCAAGUAAAACAUUCCCGUCUUCCGAGGGAGGAUCUGAAGCCUUCCGUCAAAAUGCAGUAUCUGCUUUCCUACUUGGAUGGAGAAGCGAUGCGGAUGGUGAAUUCGUUCCCCAUCACCGAUGCCAACUACGACGAGGCGUGGGCAACACUCGUGACGCACUAUGAUAAAAAGAAAUACACAGUGUUUGCCCUCGUGCGGGAGUUUGUCGAUCAGCCAUCGGUCACCAAUGCGGCUGGAUUGAAGAAACUAGUGGCUACUUCUGAUGACGUCAUCCGACAGUUGAAGGCUCUCGGCAACGAGUACGAGACACGGGAUCCUUGGCUCAUCCAUAUGCUGCUGGAGAAAGUGUACCGGGAGACCCGCGCGCUAUGGGCGCAGAAGAUAAUCGACGAGGAAAACCCGAUGUUCGCAGAUUUCAUCGAUUUUCUGCAGAAACGCUGUGACGCUCUGGAGACUUGUUCGGCGUUUUCGCGGAAGCAGGGAGAAACUGCGAAGAAGGAGUUCCCGAAGAACAACCCAAGCGAGAAGAAGGUUCAAGCAUUCCACGCCAGUGCGACACAGGCGUCGUGUGCGAAGUGUGGAAAGGAUCAUCCAACGUACCACUGCGAACAAUUCAAGGCCAUGGAUGUGUCGGCGCGUAGGGAACUGGCACUCACGUCGAAGUUGUGCUUCAAUUACCUGCGUCCGUCACACACAGCGAAGAAGUGUCAAUCGAAGUCGGUGUGCCGCACUCCGCAGUGCAACCAGCGGCACCACACAAUGCUAUGCCAGCAGGAAAUCAAACAACCGGAUAGAAAGCAGGAGGUUCAACAACUUCCGGAAUCGGGAUCGGAUGUUCCAUCGAUCUCUACCAACGUUGCGCAGGCGGUUGCCGAAAAGCAAGGACCGUCCGCAUUCGCAUUGCUACCUACGGUGGUGGCCAACAUUCGAGGAGGUGAUAGGAACCUACACGAGGUGAGGAUUUUGAUCGACUGUGAUUCCCAAGCAUCUCUCAUCACGUCAACCUGUGUCAAGCGCCUUGGGUUGAGGCGCAGCAAUGCUUCUUUGGAAGUCACCGGUGUCAGCGGCGAGGAAACCAAGCUCACUACAUCCGCUUACGUGCUGGGAAAGCUCACGGCAACCCUGCCGUGCCAGCGUUUCGACGUAGCAAACAUGCCGUACUUGGAGCAUCUACAACUCGCGGACCCCCACUUCAACCAACCAGGUUCGGUGGAUGUCAUACUGGGAUCGGAUGUCUUCCUGUCCGUAUUGGAGGCCGGGCAGGUCAAGGAUCCAAAUGGAGUUCCUGUAGCACAGCGUUCCAUCUUUGGUUGGAUGGUUGCAGGAAGAAUCUCGAAGCAAUGGUGUACGCACGCGCAUCACUCGGUGGUCAAUCUUCACCAGGAAUUCGACAUCGAUCGCACCCUGCGAUUGUUCUGGGAAGACCAGGAGUUGCGUCAAGCAAAGCUUUGGACACAGGAAGAACAGAGGGUUGUUAAUCACUUCAACUCGACUCUUACUCGUACGGAAGAUGGUCGCUUUAUUGUCCGACUGCCAAUGGACGAUUCAAAGCAGCAGCUGGGAGAGUCGCUGACCGCAGCAGUCAGGCGGCUACGGGCUAUGGAACACCGAUUUGAAAACGACACGAACUUCAAGGAGAGAUACGUUGCCUUCAUGCAGGACUAUCAGGAUUUAGGCCACAUGGAACCGAUUCCGGAGGCAGAGAUCCAAGUUGAUUGUACGAGGUCCUAUUAUUUGCCGCACCACGGGGUCGUAAAGGAAGGCAGCAGCACCACCAAGCUUAGGGUGGUCUUUCACGCUUCGUGUGUCACCACUUCUGGAGCGUCACUCAACGAUCUGCUACUCGAUGCACCGAAUAUCAACACCGAUAUCUUCGACAUCAUGAUGGAGUUCAGAUUCUACAAAGUAGUGUUCACCCGCAGACGCGUAUGGAGAAGCUCACCGGACAAGCCAAUACAGCACUUCCGGCUUCGCACGGUGACAUACGGGCUGAAGAACUCUGGAUUUCUGGCCAUGGCAGCACUCAAGACGGCAGCGGACGAGUAUGAAGGAAAGUAUCCUGAAGCCGCAGAGCGCAUCAAGAAAAGCACCUACGUUGAUGACCUCACAUCCGGAGCUAAAUCAGUCGCGGAAGCUAUUCAUCUCGUCAAGGAGAUCAACGAGAUCGUGGAGAGUGCAGGUUUUACAUUACGCAAAUGGAGCUCGAAUUCAGCGGCGGUUCUAGAAUCGCUACCUGAAAUCAGCACAACGCCAAUACAAAUACAGUUUCCGGAUGAACGGGAUAUGGUGAAGGCUCUAGGAAUUCAUUGGGUUCCGGACAAGGACGUCCUCACGAUCAAGGUAAGCCUGCACACUGAUGGGCCCAACACGAAGCACCAACUACUUUCAGACUCUGCCAGACUGUUCGAUCCGUUCGGAUGGUUUGCGCCGGUCAUUGUUCGUGCCAAAAUCCUUUUUCAACAUUGUUGGCUGUACGACCUGAAUUGGCACGAUCCGCUUCCCUCCGUCGUUGAAGAAAAAUGGGUCGAAAUGAAGGAGAGCCUGUACCAGCUGGAGAGAAUCAAUAUUCCACGAUGGGCACCCAACUACGAGGAUCAAAUCCAACUCCACGGUUUUUCUGAUGCCUCCGAGGAAGCGUAUGCGGCAGUUGUGUACCUCAGAUCGGUGGAUCAAAAUGGGAAGGUAUACGUUACGUUGCUGGCAGCGAAGACAAAGGUUGCACCCGUGCGGCAGGUGUCUCUUCCACGCCUCGAACUCAACGCUGCUGAACUACCAGCGAAGCUGAUGAAGCAAGUUGCUGAAUCUCUCAAGCGCUUCCAGGCAGAACGAUAUGCUUGGACGGACUCGACUAUUGUGCUUCAGUGGCUCUCAGGACAUCCUCGAAAAUGGAACACUUACGUGGCCAACAGAACUUCCUCGAUACUGGAGGUCUUGUCACGUAAGCAUUGGGCUCACGUUGCAUCGAACGAUAAUCCUGCGGACUGCGCGUCUCGUGGGAUAUCUCCGGCAGAGCUCAUCGAUCAUCAUCUGUGGUGGUCAGGACCAACGUGGCUGGCGGAAGAUUCUGCCACCUGGAAUCGAACCAACCCGUCUGACGAUUUGGAUGAAACAACAUUGGAGGUACGUAAACGAUUCCAAACACUCAAUGUCGCUAUCAUCAACUCAGGAUCCACGUACGAAAUCGAGAAGCACAUACUGGCUAAUCGAUCCAGCAUCGGCGCGGCAUGUCGACAGCUGGCAUGUGUCCAACGAUUCAUCUUCAACCUGAAGUCGAAGGCGUCGACUCAGUACGAGAGGCGCUCGGGUGCGAUCCUUCCAUCCGAGUUACACGCAGCCAGGAUGCAGCUCAUCAGACUGGCUCAGCACGAAGGCUAUGAAGAAGAAGCAAAAUCGUUGGCGAAGGGAAACGAAGUCCAUCCGAAAUCGAAGAUCAUCAGCAGCUUGUACCCUUUCUUGGAUGGAACCGGGACGAUUCGUGUCGGGGGACGUUUGCAGCAGUCGUCGUUUCCUUUUGAAGUGAAGCACCCGGCGAUACUCCCGAAGAACCACCGCGUGUCCAGAUUACUGGUUGAGGAGCUACAUUUGCAGAACUCUCAUGCAGGUCCCACACUCCUGACGGCAGCGAUCAAUCAGAGCCAUGUCGGAGAUGACUAUGCCGGUCCCAUUCUAGUGCGAUGCAGCAAUAUCCGCGGAGAACGUUGCUCGAAGGGAUACAUCGUCGUAUUUGUCUGCCUCUCGAGCAAGGCGGUUCACCUCGAGGUUGCAGGAGACCUCUCGACUGAUACGUUUUUGGGAGCUUUCAAGCGAAUGAUUUCUCGGCGAGGUUACUGCAACGAGAUCUGGUCGGAUAAUGGGACGAACCUGGUUGAUGCCGACCGGCAACUGACGGAGAUCUACGAAGCAACGCAGACUCACAGCAAGAAAACUGAACCGUACUUCAGCAACCUUGGCAUCCGCUGGAGGUUCAUUCCGCCAUCCAGUCCGCAUCAGGGUGGCAUCUGGAAAGCGGCCGUUAAGAGCGCAAAGGAGCUUUUGAGACUGGUCUUUGGCAACGAAAAGCUCACGUUCGAGAAGUUGUCGACUGUACUCUGCCAAAUUGAAGCGUGUCUCAAUUCGAGGCCACUGUAUCCUAUCUCCACAUCGCCGGACAGCUUCGAGGCCCUUACGCCGGGGCAUUUUUUGGUGGCUCAACCGCUGAACCUGCUACCGGAACCCGACAUUGGACAUCUGAAAGUAAACCAACUGGAUAAUUGGGAGAAGGUACAACGAAUCACAGCUGAGUUUUGGAACCGUUGGCGCAACGAGUAUAUUGCUACACUGCAGCCACGUAGUAAGUGGAGAAAUCGUCGAGACAACAUCAAGCCGGACCAGCUCGUUCUGGUGAAAAGUGACAGCACCUCACCGUCCGCCUGGGAACUGGCCCGGGUUGUAGCUGUUCAUCCAGACAAGCAUGGUUUGGUGCGCACUGUCACGCUCCGCCGAGGAAGAUCCGAAUACCAGCGUCCAGUGCAGAAGCUAUGUACACUUCCUGAUUGA